UUGUUACUUCCUCUUUCCAUGUUUCCAUGACCCUCAUGUUUCAAUCCAUUUCUUUAACUUCUUGUUCAUCACUAAUUCCAUUCAAUAUCCACAGGUCCAUCUAUCAUAAGGAAGGUUAUAUCUUGAAUGGAGGUAAAAGCUACUCCUGAUGUUGAAGAUAUCGAGUUCUUUGUGAAGGAACCCUGCAACCCUUUUUGAGGUUAUGAGAAGAUUCCAAAUUGUAUGAUUGAUUUUUAUCAACAAAAUCAUCAUUUGUAGUUUUGAUAUAUGCAAGAAUGAUGAAAAUGUAUUAGAUAAUUUCUCUAACACUAUCGGAGGCCGAUUUUCAAUUGGAACCGUGGCCAGCUGUCUUGAUAUUGACAAGUAGAAGGUGAAACGUGUGGUUGCUCGUAAGAUAAUUUUACCAUGAGAGCAAUACCACUAGAAACAUCACAUGACACUGAAGAUCCAAUUUUUACAAAUGAUGAAAUGCAUGAUUUGUGGCCUCUUGAUGAAAUAAACCCAACAAAAUCGAGAUUCCCUUGUUGUGUAGUAUGGACUCCUCUUCCGGUGGUCUCAUGGUUGGCACCUUUUAUUGGUCAUGUUGGUUUAUGCAUGGAGGAUGGAGCUGUAGUAGAUUUCUCUGGUUCCAAUUUAGUGAAUGUUGAUAAUUUUGCUUAUGGUGCAGUUGCCAGAUACAUUCAACUUGACCGGGAGCAGUGUUGCUUCCCAUCUAACCUCGCCAGUCACACGUGUAAGCUACGCUACAAGCAUGCAGAAAGGGGCACUGCUAUCAGCUGGGACGAUGCAGUCCAGUCAAGUAGACGUCACUUUGAGCACAAAUCCUACAACCUAUUCACAUGUAACUGUCACUCCUUUGUUGCUGAUUUUAUGAAUCGUGUCUGCUAUGGUGGGUCAAUGAAUUGGAAUAUGAUGAACGUCGCAGCUCUAGUACUCCAUAAGGGGCGGUGGGUUGAUGCCAUAUCGGUACUUAGAUCAUUUCUGCCAUUCAUUGUGAUGGUUUGUUUUGGUAUCAGCAUUGUUGGGUGGCCUUUCAUGAUUGGUCUUUUUUCGUUUUGUUUCCUUCUCAUUGCUUGGUUUACGAUAGGUACCUACUUUUUGAAAAAUCUGUUGGAAUGCUAAAGGGUGUUUAUUUUGUAUGAAGGUUGAAAUCUGAAAUCUAGUUUUGAAUGUUAAGAGGGAACAUAUAAACACUGUUUGUUCCUAUAUUAUGCUGAGUGGUUUAUAAUGAGCUAUGUUCCUAUUUGUUA